AUGUCCGACUCUCGUCUUUUCAAGCCUCUUAAGGUUGGCUCUAUUGAGCUCAAGAACCGAGUCGCUAUGGCUCCUUUGACACGGUUCCGUGCUAGCGACAGUCACGCCAUCCUUCCAUUCGCAGCCGAGUACUACAGUCAGCGUGCUUCUGUCCCAGGCACCCUCUUGAUAUCCGAGGCUACGCUCAUUACUGGCCAGCAUGGAGGAUAUUCUAAUGUGCCUGCAAUUGAGAACCAGGAACAGAUCGACGCCUGGAAGAAGGUCACCGAGGCCGUGCACAAGAAGGGAUCUUUUAUCUACCUCCAGCUCUGGGCCCUGGGGCGUGUAGCAAACAAGGAAUUUUCUGAGGCACAUGGGAUCACAGUGAAGAGUUCUAGUGCUACCCAGCUUUCUGAAGAUCUUGCUGUCCCCAAGGAAAUGACUGUGGAAGAGAUCAAGGAAACUGUCAGUGCAUACGCUCAGGCCGCCAAGAACGCAAUCAAAGCUGGGUUUGAUGGAGUCGAAAUCCACGCAGCAAACGGGUAUCUCAUCGACCAGUUUUUGCAGGACACCGUCAACAAGCGUACAGACAACUACGGUGGCUCCAUCGAGAACCGUAGUCGCUUUGCUAUGGAAGUUACCCGGGCAAUCGUUGACGCCAUUGGUGCCGACAAGACCGGUAUCCGGCUUUCUCCCUUCAGUACUUUCCAGGGGAUGAAGAUGGCCGAACCAAUCCCCCAGUUCUCGGAUAUCAUCAAGAAGCUCAACAGCUUGAACCUCGCAUACCUGCAUAUGGUCGACUCUCGUGUGUCUGGUGACGCGAGCAUUGAGGGCUAUGACUCCCUUGAGCCUCUCAUUCCGCUGUACACCUCCAGUCCUCUCCUCAUCGCUGGCGGGUUCAAGGCAGACUCUGCACGCAGGCUUCUGGACGAAGAACACAAGGGCCGCGACGUUGUUGUGGUCUUUGGUCGUUACUUUAUCUCCACACCUGAUCUUGUUUACAGAUUGAACAAGGGCAUCGAAUUUACCCCGUAUGACCGCGACACUUUCUACACACCCAAGAGCGAGAAGGGUUACACCGACUACCCAUUUAGCGAAGAGUUCAAGGCUAGUGCUAACUUGUAG